AUGCCGUCAACUCACCGUGACGCCUCGGGACGCGUGAUCUCUAUCCUACAUGAUCCCCAUGAGCCCGAAUAUGAGCCGCACACCUCCCAGAAGACUGGCCUUCACUCGCAGGGACCGUCAUUCGGCUCGUCGCUGAUCUCGCACAGCAUGCGAAGUCACGGCUCAUACGCCUCGGCUGCACCCCACAUGGAGAGUGUGCAUUCUCACCCCAGCACACCAGACCUCAUGCGGUCCGACUCGUACGACUCUCAGACGAGUAAUGAUCCCGCAAGCCCCAUCACCCCCAACAGCACUUAUCAAGAGCAACUUUCUCCCAGGAAUUGGGCGCAAAACACCAUGGGGUUGUCGAGCUCAGAUACCUUCCACUCGGCGUCAAAAGCACAGACUACCUCGGGCCCCGCGUACCGUGGAGAAGCUCGCCCGGUUCUGCCCCCGAUCUCAUCCUUCGCCAGUCUGCCCAGUCCACGAACAGCAACAAGCCCGAGUGCAGCAUAUCCAUAUGACGCCAUGCUUCGGCACCACUCGUCCUCAAGCCUGGAAGAGCAUCACUAUCGCCGCAGCUUCGAUGCGCGCGAGGACUACCCGGCGUCCGUGCUGGAUGCCGGAGCUGAGACCUCCAUGCAGAGAAACGUCGAGCAUCACAACGACUUCAAGCACCAGGCCCCUUCCCCGUUGUCACUGGAACAGGACCACUGCAUGGACCUCGACGAAGAAGAUGAGUCGGUCGAGAGCACCUCCCCGGGCAAGAAGGGGUCCAAGGGCAAGACGUGCACCUCUCCCAAGCGUUACCCCUGCAAGUUCAGGGAGACGUACAGCUGCUACAAGACUUUCACCACCUCGGGCCAUGCUUCACGGCACGCCAAGAUCCACACUGCCGAGAAGACUGUUCCGUGCUCCUGGCCGGGCUGCAACAGGAGGUUCACCCGCUCCGACAACAUGAAGCAGCACCUCGAGACCCACAAGAAGGAUAAGCCGAGGGCCUCGACCCGACAGACCCGCCGGCCGUCCCUUGCAGCGAUCCGACGCCAGUCUUCUUCGAGCAGAAGCAGUGUCAGCCGAUUCUCGCUCCCGCGCGACACACCGCCUCUGAUGUCGCCGAGCAUUGGCUCUACUCUGAUGUCUCCGACCUUGUCCGCUGAGCGCUGGGCCAGGCCUGUCGCCUCGAGGACACCUAGCAGCGGCCUCGAAGCCCUUGCUAUGGUCGCCGCAGAUACGAGUCGCGCUGAGCAGGAGGCUUCUUACUACCAACAACGGCCACUGCAGCAUUAG